AUUCGCCCUAUAUAAUAUCCUUCGACCUCCAGAUUCAGUAUCCUCCUUGUUGGCAGAUCCCCACAGGACUCUUCUGAAUCCAUCCCAACAUCGUCCGUCGCCAACAGGGAUAUCCGAGCACCAUGCCUCCCUCGCUGUCCCCACAGAUCGCUAGUGCCCUUCCGGGAAUCCUCGAGAAGAUAUCGAGUCAUGCGGCGUCGAGGAUGUUGUUCUCUCAGUUCCUGCUGCUACCGGUCGAACUCAUAUGCUGUACUUUGUCGUUUCUGGAGAUGGACGAUCUAUUGGCUUGCAUGCAGUGCUGCAAGACUCUUCAAGAGAUAAUCAAGACCACACCUAGACUACAGUACAUCAUCGAGCUCGCCUCAAAUCAGCUUGUCUGCUCAGCUUCCGCAUCGACCUCCCCAACCCUCUCCCUCACGCACACCUCUGCCACGCGUAACUCUCGUCAACUCUCACUCUUCGCUCGUCGUCGUCUCCUACUCUCCCGAAUCGAGAACUGGUCCCGCCUCACCCCUGCCGCCAGGUUCUCCACCCCGAUUCCGGCAGCAGGCUCGAUCUACGAAUUUGUAGGUGGUGUGUAUGGGAACGGCCAUGGAACGGGAGAUGAUAGGCGUGUGGCCGGCAGUAUCACAUUUUAUAAACUGCCCUCGACUAUGGACGAUAUCUCUCCUAUGGAGGGAUCUGGCUCUGGUAUGGACGUGGACAGGUCGCAAGGAAGAGGGAGACGGAUUCCGAAGUGGACGUUGAGCGGGUUCGAUAUGAAUAUCAUCGAUUUUAGCAUGGACCCGGCGCAGGACCUGCUCGUCCUGAUCGCUUCUGCUCCCCCUGGCUCCAAGUACAACUACCAGAUCCAUCUCCGCACACUCUCGACGAACGAGCCGCACCCACUGGCGCUUUCUCCGACACUCGACUGUAGACGUUAUCCAGGCCCCGAAACGACCGACAUGUGGACCUCGUUCCGGAUACAGAUUAUGGACCAGUUCCUCGCCGUGUUGAUCAAAGACGUCUUUCAUACGAGCGCCGCGUUCAUCGCAAUUUGGAACUGGAGAGCCGGGGCUAAAGCCAGGUGUACCAUGGCGCUAGCAAUGGGCGUCGACGACUUCUGCUUCCUCUCCCCGAACUACUUCAUGAUCGUCAUCCCGCGCGGAUACCUCGACGUCUACUCCUUCUCCGACCCCGCCAUCUCGCGCGAAUACCCUACCCUCAAACGCCGCUUCGGACUCCCGAGGCUCAAAGCGGGCUAUUAUUAUUGGUAUAUCUCCGCCAUGGCGAAUCCGACGCCGGGGAGCAGCGUCCCUGGUGCUGCGGGGCCGUCUGUUGAUGCGUUCAAUCACAACUACAAUUACAACGCGAAUUCGGCGGACCCGGAAGCUCGGAACGAGAACGCGAAUGGAAAUCCUUCGAAGUAUGAGAGGUUGAGGGAGGUGGAAAGGGAGAGGAGGAGGAAGGAGAAACAGCUCGAGAAGGAGCGGAGGCGGGCGAAGAAGUUACGGAAGUUGCGAGAAAGACAGUUCACGACGCAUGAGGGGAUGGAGGCUGCGGAUGGACUCUCGACGGAUUUCGGACAGGCGUUCACGUCUCUGGGCAGCGGGGCGGGACCCUCUUCGUCUUCCUCUUCCACAUCAUUCGGGCUCGGGCUCGGUUCGGGUGUGGGUCAAGCGUCGGGUGCGCUUUGGCCUGCUGUUGAUGUGGACGAGGGAGAGGGAGGGAGUGGGAGCACGAGCGAUGAGUAUGAUGGGAGUUCGAGUCAGGCGUUGGCUCAUUCGGCGCAUCAGAGCGGUUUGGUCGCUUUUGCGAAUGCCGUAUCACAGGCUUUUGGGCCCCCAGCUCCGCCUGCGCCUCCCAUCAUACCUGCCGCCAUCCCCGACCCCGCCCCCACGCCUUCGACAAACGCAGACGAUACCACGCCAUCCAGUUCCUCGUCACGGCAGCAGCAGCAGCAGCAGCCACAACAACCACAACAACAGCCCUACCGUCCUCACAACGCUGUAUCCGAAGUGCCGCAACUUCCGCCCCCGCAGCCAUUCGGUCCCCGACCCGACGACGGGCUGAUCGCUUGUUCGCUGGGUACCCUGAAUCCGGCUGCUCAAGCUGCGGUGGAUUGUUUUGUGUUUUUCGUGAGGGUUAGUACGUUGCUCGAGUUGGCGCAGGGUCCUGCCCCUAGCUCUGGUGCCAAUUCCAAUCCCAAUUCCAAUUCCAAUGCAAACCCAUCGCAGGCGCAGGCCAGCGUCGAUCCUUCGCAGACUCAGACCAAUGACGAUCCCCCUCAAGCUCGGAACAAAGGAAAGGGGAAGGGAAAAGAGGAGAAGAAGCAAAAGAAGGACGAAGGGAAGAUGAAGAUGAAGGAGAUGGGCAGCGAGAGGAGCAUGACGGCGGUCGAGAAGAUGAAAACGAACGGGACUUGGUCAAUCGAUCUCGAUGAACGGCCGCUUCGUACGAGGGCGGAGGCCUUAGAGGAGACAUCCACGUCAUCUACACCUUCCCCUCCGGCCUCCUCCUCUUCGUCCGCUCUACCCUCUUCGCUUCCUGGAUAUCAGUUCGCUUCGGCGUUGGACUCGAGUUCGUUCUUGACUGCUCCUUCGACUUCGGUGGCUUCGUCUUGGGAGGAUCUGGUCACGUCGGGGUGGUCCUCGUCUACGACGACUGGUGGGUGGGGGGACGUUUCGGCGACUGUGGGUGGUUGGGCGAUACCGGCCACGGGACAAACACUUCCAAUGCCCGUCGUACCUCCCAGUGCGCAGACUUCGAAUACAAAUAACACCCGAUCGAGUGGUAAGACCAGGAGGAAGUCCUCAUCGACGUCCACUGCCGCUACCGAUGGGAGCUCCUCCAUGUCCAUGCCCCCUCCAUCUUCGAUGUUCACCCCAAACGCUUUCCUACCAUCGUACACGUACACAACUCCGACCUCAACCUCGACCUCGGCCUCAGCUUCGACCCCGUACACCAGCUCGGGGACGCAGACCGACACCUUCUGGCCCAGCACUACUCCACACCGCUCCCACCCCACACCUUCAGGCAGGGUCAGCCACACGAAGAGUGUCUCGAUACCGUGGGACAGUUGGGGCCCGCCCGCGACGAGGUGGUUCGGGGAUAUGUUGAGCAGCGAUUGGCAGCAUGCGGUCCAUGGGUUUAGGACGGUGGAGAAGGUGCCUGUGCCGCAGACUGAGAGUGAGGCACAAACGCAGGAGGAAGGCGUGGCGAGUUCGGAUUCGGAUUCGACGGUGGCGAAUGAUGCGGAUCGGGACGAUGCGGAGGAGCAAAAUGAGGAGGAGGUCGAUGUUGAAGAGCAUGUCGGGGCUCAGAGCGGGGCGAGCUCGAGCUCGAUGUCGCAGGUUGGAUUGGGGCAGUCGUUACCGGGCGUGGGUCCGAGCACGAGCACGAAUGACGCCCCUGUGUUGCUCAGCGUCGGAAACUCGUUACUUCCACCUGGGUCCACGACAGCUAUACCGACUCCCGCUAGCGCCAGCACCAUCCCUCACUUCGCAUAUACUCCUACCCCCCAACAGCACCACACCCAGCCUCACGCAAUCGUCGCUCCCCCGACCAACAACGCUGCCAACGCCGGGAAUACGAAUAUAAACGCCAACGGCGCGACAAUGCACAGGAUCCGCAUUCGGGAUUGGAACCCAUACACCAUCCGGCGAGCCCAGGCCGCACUCGAACGUGAACAAGAGGAAGCUCGCCAGAAGGGCAAAGGCAAGGCCACGGCGAUGGACACCGAAGCGGAUUCGCAGGGAACAGCAGAAAGCGACGAUUGGCGUGAAUGUGGUAUAGAUGCGAGCGAGAGGGUGAUGAGGGGUCGUUCGAGGCUCGUUACGAAGCCGUCGACGAUAGCGGCUGGCGCGGCGUUCAUUGAGGAUAUCGUUUCGUGGUUGCCGUAUAGGGAGGUCGUCAGUGAGGAGGUGGUGGAGGUUAGCGAUGUGAUGAUGGAUGAUUCGAGGGUGCUUUGUUUGAAGAGAGAACAGAGCGGACAGCUGUAUGCGAUGGAUGUGCUGACGUUCUGAACGCUGUGGAGGUCUUGCUUGGUGCUGAUCUUUAACGGCCCAUGUUCGGCCAACAACCGAACGAACGAGAUAAAGCAUGCUUUAUACAUACUUCGUUUACUUCCACCCUCUGUUGCAUGUUUCCUUUUGCUGGCUUCCGUGUUUUUACGUUAUCAUAUGCUGUAUAACAUUCAAUCCGUUGACAAUGCAACCACCAAACGCCCAUAGCUCGUGAAAGAAAGCCCAUCGUUCCACUACGCCCUUUCCACUUAGCAUACUCACGCAGCCGCUAAUCCCCUCUUGCUUUCGUUCUAUUCAACACGACCAAAUCCCGUCCUCUUCAUUGACAUACUAACGAUGUUAUGACUUUUCCUGGCAUGUUCGAAGGUAGUCGCCUGUAGGUAGUUGGGACUACUAUGUAUGAUUCCAAAGGCCACUAUUUAGGUCGUACAAGAAGUGGGGGUACGUCUCUGAUCCCGUAAGUACGUACUC